AUGAUGUUCGAGAGCGAGCAACAAGCGCUGAGCGCGGCACGUACCCCAGAGCUUACCGGAUAUUUUUUGGAGAAGGAAGGAGCAUACUUUGACGCUUUUGCGCAAGGCGACAAUGCGGUGAAGCCUUGCGUUUAA